GAAAGGAUACUCCAUUCCUUGGAUGUCCACAGACAGCUUGAGUGUUAUCUUGACAGAGCUAAAUCUUAACAGCUCUUAAUCAGUUUGUUUCUUGUGAAGGAAUCGCCUUGCAUAAAGAAGCUUGGAUCAUCCAGUUAAAAUUUAUUCAUCAGUGCUCAUGUGACAGAUAGUGAUUGCCUUUCCAAGCUUGAGAAGUUGAAUGGCCGCCAGUACUGACAAAUGGAGCCUUUCUGCCAGGAAUGUCCAUAUUCGCGUACAAGCUUUUUCCCAUUUCAAUAAGCUGAAAGGAUCUCCAUUUUAGUGUGACCCUUCUCCAUACCACAUUGUCAGAGUUGAUUUGUUUAAUUAAAAUUGUUCUGUAAAAACAAAAACCAUGACUGAAAAUUGGCAGCAGCACCCAGCUACUCCUGCAGUUUCUGAUGCUUCUGUUGUGCAAGCACCAGAAAACCCACUUGGAUGUGCUGUGUAUGGUAUUCUGCUGCAACCACCUGAUCCCAACCUGCAACAGCAGCAUCACCAGCACCACCUUCAGACAGGACCAUCUAUUCAAAAGUGUGGGGUGUGCGGACAAGAUUUGAGCCACCUGACCAAUCCACAUGACCAUCAAUGUAUCCCAAGUCAUGACCGCUCCUUUCAGUGCACUCAGUGUCUUAAGAUCUUCCACCAAGCUACAGACCUUCUUGAGCAUCAGUGCAUUCAGGUGGAGCAGAAACCAUUUGUGUGUGGUGUUUGCAAAAUGGGUUUCUCACUGUUGACGUCACUUGCACAACACCACAAUGUGCACAGCAGUGAUACUGGUAUGAAGUGCUCUAUCUGUGAGAAAACUUACAAGCCACCUGAGGGUGAAAAAUCAACACCGUUUGUUUCAGCUGAUACAUCUUCAGAGAAACCUUACAGCUGUACUGUCUGCCAGAAAUUGUUCAAGCAUGUGUCUGAACUGAAUAGGCACGAGCGAGUGCACACUGGGGAAAAGCCAUACAAGUGCACAUUGUGUGACAAAAGUUUUAGUCAGGCAUCGCAUCUGGUGCAUCACAAGCGCACCCACAACACUGAGAGACCAUAUAAAUGUACAGUAUGUGAGAAAACCUUCAAGCAUCGGUCUCAUCUUAUUCGCCAUAUGUAUGCCCAUUCUGGGGAACAUCUCUUCAAGUGCAACAUAUGUGAACUUCACUUCAAGGAAUCAUCUGAACUGCUUCACCACCAGUGCACUCCUGUUGGAGAAAGGCCUUUUAGGUGUCCUGAAUGCAAUAAGUCUUUUAAACGUCCCUCUGACUUGCGGCAGCAUGAACGCACCCACAGUGAAGAGCGGCCUUUCAAGUGUGAUGUUUGUGACAUGGGCUUUAAACAGCAGUAUGCACUCAUGAGGCACAGGCGAACGCAUAAAUUGGAUGCCCCAUUCAAAUGCAACCUAUGUGACAAAAGCUUCCUUCAGCCAUCUCACUUAGUGUAUCAUCAGCAUGUACAUGGCAUUGAAAACUUGUUUAAAUGUAGCAUCUGUCAGAAAGGUUUUAGUCAGUCCUCAGAGCUCCUACGACACAAAUGUCUUCAGAAUGUUGAAAAGCCAUUUAAAUGUGACCUGUGCAACAAGUCUUACAAACGGUCAUCUGCCCUUCAGAAACACCAGUCUUCACAUUGUUCUGAAAAGCCAAUGAAGUGUACUUUGUGUGAGAAACGUUGCUUUUCUUCAUCAGAGUUUGUGCAGCACCACUGUGACCCUGUCAGGGAGAAACCUCUUAAGUGUACUGACUGUGAAAAAAGGUUCAAGUAUGCAUCUGACCUGCAGCGGCACCGACGUGUCCAUACUGGUGAAAAGCCUUUCAAAUGCACAACCUGUGAGAAAUGUUUCAAACAGAGAGAGCAUUUGAACAAACACCAGAUCAUCCAUGCACGGGAGCAACAGUUCAAAUGUAUCUGGUGUGGCGAAAGGUUCAUGGACUUGACUGCACUCCAAGAGCAUACUGUCCAGCAUAACAAUGAUGGGUCCUAUCAAGUCCCACUUUGUAUGCAAUAGAUAGAAAUGCCUCAAUUUAGUGAAUUCUGAAAUGUUCCAGUACCAAUUUACUGACUGCAGUAAACCAUAUCCCAAACCAGUUUAUAAAGUUAAGUAUGUUUAUGGGAGUUGGGAUCAGUGACCUAAUUCUGUCAUUAACAUUGUGGAAGGAUUGAGCAGUAAUGUGUAGUAUUGUGAUAGAAAGUGUGGCAGUGGAAUAAACUGGCUAUAAUUAUUGGCCAAGCAAUUAAGCAUCCACUGCUUUAAUUUCAAGAUAUCCAGCCUAAGUUUAACUGUGGUUCUGAAGCAGAGGCAUUUGUUGCAGGCAUCACACCAUCAGUCUUAAUUCAGGUAUCCCUCUCAUCAUAUUUUUAAUGUGGAUUUUAGACUGUUGUGUAAUGAGGAAGGGAAUAUGAAUUCCAUCAUGUUUUAAGAGUUGCAUGAGAAGAAAGUUGCACCAGUUUAUAGUUCUCAAGUCAUAACACUGUUGUCCAAGUAGACCUUUUUAAGGAUAUGGCUUUGUCUGACACUGUUGCUGCCUCUCUGUCCUGUUGCUGUCCCUUCAUGUAUGUAUAGCUUUUAAGUUGUGUGAAAUGUGGAGGAACGUUCUUAACUUAUCUUGCACUGAGUGGUGUACCUUUUUUUUUUCUUUGCAGUUUACAGAUUUAUUUUAUCACAGAAAACUUCAAAUUUGUGCUUUGUGUAAUCACUGAUUUGAUCGUCUUUUCCUCUUUAGCUGUAGGGCAGGCCUCGUCACCUCCAAUUGUUUUCAACCCCUAGCUCCCAUCUGGCUUGUUGAUGUGCAGUGUUUCGAACUUCUGUUGGUCACUUGAAGCUAGAGGAGUUAUGACCAAAACAGCAAUCAUUUUUGUAAAUGUAUUCAUUUGUCAGCUCCCCUUUAGUUUUGUUUUGCAAUUCUGUCCUAUUUCCUUUGAAGUGUAUAAAAUGCAGAGGUGAAGUCCGCCUCCGAUUCUGCUCCUAACCUUGUCAGGUAGAAGCAUGUUGUCAUGUUAGAAUGAAAAUUCAAAUCUCCCUCCCUUUUGCAUGGAUAUUGGAGUGCUCAUCAGUUAUUCUUGUGUAUUGGCCUCAGUUCAUUUCCAGCAGAGCAGGUAUCUGCUUGUACACCAAAACUGGUGGUGGAUUUUGUACUCUUGUUGGAUCUUUCAUGGUAGACAGUGGACUGAAUAAUCCUUUAUCUCAUUUGUGCUGGUGUGUAAUAGGACCGAGUUGUGCUGGACCUGUGCUUCUUGGAUACAGAUUACUUGGAAGUUGUUAGUGAAACUUGAGCUUUGGACUUUGUGUUUUGUCUCUUCUGUUGGAGAGUAACAUCCCAAAACCUUAAACAACUGUAAGGUCCUUCGCGUUCUAGAAGCAGGAUAGCCAAAAGUAAGGGACAGACCCAUGUAUUGCCAUGUCUAUUGUAGCUGGGAAAGAGUAAUUUAGAAGUAACAGAAUUUGUGUGUGUGCUUUUUAUAUUUACAUUUCUCAGUUUUUCUGUAAAGCUCACUUUCAGUGACCACAUUGUGAAAUGAUUGUGUUAACUUGCCACAUUUCUAAAAUCUUUUAUCAGAUUUGCAGGAUCUGAAAGGUUAGAACUAACCAGUGAUCUUUGUGCCACCUCUUUUGUAUUAUUACUUGGGUCUGUGGCUGUUUUAUUCAAAGUGUUUGAGUUUUUUUGUAUUUUAAGUUAGUAACGCAGUUUAUUAGAAAAUAUUUGAUGACCUCCUCCAUACUUUUUUUUCAGCUUUGUAGAGCAUAAGGGAUUUCCAACUGAGAUGAAACAGCACUUGACUAAGGCAGGAGACAUGUAGAGGUAAACCUGAAAAGAACAGUAAGAACACUUGAAGUGAAUAUUAUAGCAGGUCAACAGCUGUAAUGCAUUUAUUUAAGUGCUAUGCUGAAAAGUAUUUGGUAGCUACGAUGGCUUGUGAUUGUGAUUUUUUUUCACUGUUUUCAUUGCUGUCGUUGCACUUAAACCCAAUCUAGACUUAAUUUUUGUCUUCCUCACUUGUUUGCCUAAUUUUGUUCAUGUAUUUAUUACUUGCAUGCUUUAUGCACCCCUUUGUCUUCAGUAGCUUUUCUGUCAUACUGUUUGAAUUUUGUUACUCUCUCUCAAGAAUUUUUUUAUAUCGUCUACAGUCAGCCUAGACUUUAAAGCAUUUAUUGUUCUCAAACUUGUCCUAGAUGAGUUCCAGUGCUGGCAUACUUACAAGUACCAGUGAUGAUAGUGUUUGCAUUCUGACUUAUUUAGAGGUUACUGCACAGUUCUAUAAUUGGAGAGAAAAAUUUAAUGCAAGAAUAAAUCACUAUGAUAUGUAUAA